GCUGCCCAUACGGGAGGCCCACCGGUUUCUGUAUUGAUAGCCGACCUCCAAAGGGGACACACAUUAUAUAUAUAUAUACAUAUACAUAUAAAGCGACACCCUGCCCAUUCACCUUCUCCGCCAAAGAGGUAGUUUGAUCGUCCCUUGAAAUAUUAAGGACCUCGUUGUUUUUCUGUUCAACGUUGCCUACAUGUUUCGGGCCCUUUGGUAGAUCGGCACCAGCGACAUUCGAUACCACUUCGACAUUUUCGUAAACACAAUCACUCUCGCUGGUUCGCCACGUAGUCGAGAAAAUUGGCCUUACUCUACUCUCAGCCUACCGUAUCCGCUCGAUAUUGCGAACAUGGCGAAUGUCUAUCGCAAAGCUUUUUUGUGCGCAGACUGCCCCUCGGCCUUUUGGGAUGAGAAUGAACUCAAAAACCACUGCUACCAUGAGGAUCACUAUCCUAGUCCCGAUGGUUUUGGAUGCUGCGUCUGCAACGAAGUCUUCAGCACGUCAUUAGAUUUCACGGAACAUGAGAGGAUCAGGGGUCAUUCUCGCUGGGAGUGUGAUAUUUGCACACUCCUUUUUGUCACCCAGGAGGUCUUGACCAAGCACCAAGUUGAAACUCACUUCUUUUGCCGAGAGUGUGAUCGCUUCUUUCAGAGUAUCAACAACAUCAAGCAGCACCUCAACUCCCGCACCCACCGUGGCCAAGAAAUCAAGUGUCCCUUCUGCCCCAACAGCUACACCACCGCCACGGGUAUGACACACCACCUGGAGAGCGGCAGUUGCCGGAACGCCCCCUCUUUGAACCGCGACUCCAUCUACCAGUUCGUCCGGUCCAAGGAUCCCAGCGGGCUCAUCUCCAAGAAGCUCAUCGGCUGGGAGGGUACCUCCCAACACACGUACAAUUGCACCGAUCGGGCCUGGAACGGGUACCGAUGGGAGUGUUAUUUGUGUCAUAAGGGGUUUGGCACCAGCCAUGGUUUGAAUCAGCAUCUAAAUUCGCCUGCUCAUCAACAAAACCUCUACCAUUGCCCCAACCGUUCAUGUUGCCAAGACUUCAAGACGUUGGCUGCUAUCAUCAACCACCUCGAGAGCGAAAAGUGCGGCGCCAUGCGGUUUGAGCAGGUUCAGAAAAACAUCCACGGCAUGGUCAAUGGUAACCGGCUGAUUGGUUACUGAGUCUCUGGGCAUUUGGCUACUGGAGCCGACUGCUGAGCAGUGGGCUGGCUACGGCUUUGGAGAAGGGGAAGGCCUAAUGUGCUUGAGGAGCGAUAGAUCCUCAAAGAGAAGAAAAGAAGAAAUAAAUAAAGAAAGAAAAGAAAGAAAUUGGGCAAGGUGUUUAUAGCCGCUGGAGAGGGGAAUAAAGGAUAUUUGACAACAACAUCACAUGGAAAUGGCGAGACGGUCAAACCAAUCACAACUAUACAUCUGCAUUUACCUACAGUACUCCAAUCGGACAACCCAGGACAUUAAAUCGGAAAUCGCAUUACACCAAUUUUAUGACAAUUUUCCGUUGUUGUUGAUUUGCAGUACCCAUCUGCAGCUGUCGAAGCGGGAGGCCCACAAUCCGAUGUCAGUCAACCCCAA